CCGACUCUCCUCUCUCUCAGUUACACCAGAUAUUUCUUCGAUAAAAUAGAGACGAGACUUGGAACUGUUGCAGAACAGAAGAAAUCUCAGCCAGCGCUUGGAUACAAGGAGCAAUAAGAACGAGCUGGGGUAUUGCCUCUCCUUCACACAGGCAAGCGUAUAAGCGUAUCACAGGCAAGCAAAGCUUUAGUGCCAUGGUUAUUCCACAUCCCCAAAGCGAACUUCACUCAGCAGCAAAAAAGUUCAAGUGCCCAGAAUGUGGGAAAAGAUUCUUAAGAAAGAAUGAACUUAAUACUCACUGGAAAUUCCACACAGGGGAGAAACCAUUCACCUGCAGUGAAUGUGGGAAAAGCUUCACUUUAAAGGCGAGCCUUCAGAAUCACUUGAGGAUCCACACGGGGGAGAAACCCUACACGUGUACAGAAUGUGGGAAAAGCUUCUCUGACAUUGGAGACUUUAGAAAACACCAGAGAAUUCACACAGGGGAGAAACCCUAUGCCUGUUCAGAAUGUGGGAAAAAAUUUACUACGAGUGGUAAUCUUCUCCAACACCAGCAUGUUCAUACAGGAGCGAAACCUUUUACAUGUAAGGAAUGCGGGAAAAGCUUUACCUGCAGCAGCCACCUGUCCAUUCAUGUGAGAACCCACACAGGGGAGAAACCAUUUUCUUGCGCUGAAUGUGGUAAAUGUUUUAAGGUUAAGAGUUAUCUUCGAAUUCACCAGACUACUCACACAGGGGAGAAACCAUUCACAUGUACAGAAUGUGGGAAAGGCUUCUCAGCUAAGAGCGGUCUCCUUACCCACCAGAGACUCCACACAGGGGAGAAACGUUUCUCGUGUACAGAAUGUGGAAAACGCUUCACUCACAAGAACACCCUUGUGCUCCAUGAACGGUUUCACACAGGAGAAAAACCUUUUACUUGCACAGAAUGUGGGAAAGGCUUUAUUACAGUGAGUUUUCUAAAAACACACCAGAAAGUUCACACUGGGGAGAAACCCUUUUCAUGUACAGAAUGUGGGAAAAUAUUUACGAGUAAGAAAGGCCUUAACUUGCACCUGAGAACUCACACAGGGGAGAAACCAUUCACCUGCACUGAAUGUGGGAAAAGCUUCUCUUGUAAGAGCCACCUUCGCAGUCAUCAGAAUGUUCACACACGGAGUAAAGUGUUUAAAUGCACAGAAUGUGACAAAUGCUAUGCCACUAAGCAAAGCCUGGAAUAUCACUUAAGUGCCCACACUGGAGAGAGACCCUUCCCAUGUACAGAAUGCGGGAAGUGCUUCCCUAAUAGACACGUCCUCCAGAAACACACACUCAUUCACUUACAUUUGAAACCUUUCACGUGUGGAGAAUGUGAGAAAGGCUUCAGUAGUAAAAGCCACCUUAACAGACACCAGAGAGUACACACAGGGGAGAAACCAUUCACCUGUACAGAGUGUGGGAAAGGAUUCUUUCACAAGAACCACCUUAAGAGACACAUGAUCAUUCAUACAGGGGAGAAACCAUUCACGUGUACAGAAUGUGGGAAAACGUUCCCUUAUGAGAAGAGUCUUCGUGUACACCAGGCUGCCCAUACCGGGGAGAAGCCUUUUACUUGUACCGAGUGUGGGAAAAGCUUCUCUCAGAAAGGAAACCUUCGGGCCCACCUGAAGCUGCACCCAAGGGAGAAACCUCUCACGGGCACAGAGUGAGGGAUCAGUCGCCCCUAAAUACUCUCCUACUGCAGCUCAGUAUUCACUCUGAGGAGAAACAUUCAUUCAGCAGAAGCUUUAUUCUCCCCCACAUUAUCCAUACAGUGACUUGUGUCUCUCCCAUGUCACCAGUUACUUAUUGGGAUCUCCAACGUAUGUAUGUCCAAUAGUGGCUGCACCCCAAUAAGCAUUCACAGUGUGACCCCCAUACCCAGGCACAAGGUGAUUGUUUUCUAAAUGAUAUACCUCAAUAAAUAAAAUACAAAUUAUCA